AUGGACAGAGGGGAGAGUCUGCUAGAUGAACCCAUUUUUACUGUAUGGCUGGCUCGUCGUGGACCGCAAGAUGGCGUACCCGGCGGGCAAUUUACUUAUGGCGGAUUAGAUACAGAGCACUGUGGACCGAUUAUUGCCUAUGAGAAAUUGUCGUCUCCCACAUAUUUCCAAUUUAAGGUAAAAGAAAAUUUUAUUUUCACACACCUAGUAACAGUAUUGGUUACAGAUUGGGGGGAUUGGAGUAGGAAAACUGAUAAAAAAGAAAAUUUCUGA